GCAGUGGGAGGAGGUGGAGAUGGAGAGGGAGGGGAGGCUUAUCAUAGCAAGCUCCACGCACCUGUGUUCUAAUGAAUGUUGUAAGACUUUGUGUUUGUGUGGGCUACUCGACUAGUCCUGCCAGGUAAAUUGGAAGGAUUUCCAGUCUGCUGCAAGAUCCAUCUGGUUAUCUAAUCGGCUGUCACAUCUCGCAUCAUUUGUAUGCCCUUGAAGACCGGAAGAUGGUGAGUUAUUAACCGGAUGUGACGUCGCUUGGAGAAAAUAAAGCAGAGUAAUAAAGUCUUACUCCGGUUUUGCCCAGAGUGAAGUGCAGCAGGAAGUCAUGGAGAUGAGAAGUCCUGCGUUACCUCGCUCAGUGUACAGCCAGCGUCCCUGGUGACACCACCCAACAGUUCAGCCACGAACCUAUGACUGGACUGCUGACAGAGGAUUUUUCCAGUUAACUACUAAAGCGAGGCAGAUGAUAGUCAGCAGCGGAAAAUCUAAACGGGUAGGCGUGUUACUACACUCCCGUUGGUGAUAUCGCUCAUCAAAGGCAACUUUCAGUAGAACUGAGGACAGCAUAGAGAUGUGUGCUCUACGAGAUGUUCUUCGGACCGUCUUCAUCGUCAUCUGUGUUGAGACCUCCCAUACAGUCUUCGGGGGACAAAUAGUUCUAGCUGUAGACACCAAUUCGAGCAUUAAGAAUGACAUUCUUUGUGACCUUUCCUUAAAAGAACCUGAUUUCAAGUACCUUCUGUAUAAAAUCAGUCAGAAUACGAGCGCAAUGGAUCUUCUUUCAACAGCUCAAAAGUGGCUCGCAGACGACAACCGAACAGCAGUUGUCGACAUGACGAACGACUGUCGCUUGUCGGCCCUUGCUGCCGUGACGCAACUUCCGCUUGUGCGCGCGUCCGUCGUGAGCUGCGACCACGUGUACAGCCGCACGGUCAGCGCACGAGCCACGUUGCAGACAUACGUCACGGCCAGCUUCACGACCACACCUCAAGGCUUUAGCAACUGCCUGGCACGUGUUGUCCUGGUAACGGAGUACGCAACAGAUGUCACCAGCUUUCCAAGAUGUGCCACGUCUGCAGCGAUUCCUCUCUUGAUGCGCGUGCUCGGGGAGUGGCCAGUCUCUAGCGGACAGAUUGCAGGCGCCGUCCAGUGGUUGUCACGAUUGGCCACUCUACAUACCUUGCAUUAUGUCACUGUCAUCGGAAAAACUGCAUUUCUCAAGCAAAUUCUUGAAGAUAUGCAGCCUGACCACCUGCCGCAGAAUUUGCGCUGGAUGUUCCUGACGACUGAUGCCACGACCUUUGACUGCACGAGUUGUCCCGCCUUAACCACGGUCAUCGUCCACUCGGAGCAGUAUGUCCAGGACCUUCCUGUCACGUGGAAAAAUAUCUCAGGACUCACUGAGGUUGAAAGUUUGAUUCUUUUGAAAGCCGCGGCAUUAGCAAGAGAGACCCUGAAGUCUGGUGUGACUGAUGAAAUGGAAACUGCACCAAAUGUGAACUUCUCUUUGGAUUUUUAUUCAGUUCAAGAUACAAAGGCACUUAACAAACUUGGCGUGUGGACACCAUCAAAAGGUCUAGUUCUGGAUAAACCUGAACUUCACAGCGGCAACAAUUCCUCUGUUCUUGCAGUGGCAACACUGCAUGCGCCACCUUUUAUCUUUCGAAGGACAGAUGACAACGGAACAGCGCAGUACUCCGGGUAUGCGGUGGAUGUCUGGAACGAAAUUGCAUCAACACUCAACCUAACUUACUAUUUUACCGAACCAUUUGAUCAGGAAUUCGGGGUGCUGCUCGAAAACGGAACCUGGACCGGAAUAGUUGGAAUGGUCGUGUCAGGGACGGCGGACCUGGCUGUAGCGCCGCUGACGGUGAGUGCGGAGCGCGAGGUUGUGGUGGACUUCACCACUCCCUUCUACGAGUUCGCAGGGAUCGAGAUCCUCAUGCAGCAAGUGAAGACGCAGCAGAACCUCCUUUUCUUCGUCACUGUCUUCUCCAACUCCAUGUGGGGCGCGUGGCUAGGGGUCCUGCUCUUCACCGGGCUCCUGCUGGCCGUCUUCGACUACUUCAGCCCCUACAACGCCAGGAACUCUGGGAGAGACACCAACUGUCUAGAUAAGUUCGACAUCAAGGAGGGCUUGUGGCUCGUCACCGCUUCCUUCACCUUGUCAGGUCCAGAACGCACUCCUCGAGCGUUGUCCAGUCGCAUUCUGGUCGCCGGCUUUUGGUUUUUCUGCAGCACAACCAUGGCCAACUACACCGCCAACCUCGCCGCCUUCCUCACUACAUCUCGUCUAACGACCUCCAUAAACUCAUUGUCAGACCUGACCAGACAGUCGGCGGUCCAAUACUCUGUGGUUGGCGGCACCUCGGUGCAGACGUACUUCGAGCGCAUGGCGAUGAUUGAAGGCAACUUCUACGAGUUUUGGAAGAACAUCAGCAGCAACGCCUUUGAGUCCGGUGACCUGCAGAGGUCAGACCUGGCGGUGUGGGACUAUCCUCUGGGGGAGACAUAUGUCAAGGCGUGGAGCGACAUCCAGCGGUACGGCCUCCUGAAGGACAGCAAGGAAGGACUAGAGCGGGUGAUGGCGGGUGGCUUUGCUCUCAUCGAUGAUGCCCCGUAUGUUGAGUACGAGAAGACUCAGCGCUGCGGCCUCAUCACCAUCGGCAAACAGUUCAGCAUCAAGUCGUACGCCCUGGCUCUUCCUCAGGGCUCCCCUCUCACUGAACGCAUUUCCAAUGUAAUACUGAAAUGCAGUCGAAGACAACGCUGGAGGAGAUGAAACAUAAAUGGUGGCAGAUGGGCUCGCAGGACUGCAGUGAUGUGGAUGACAGAGAUGGACUGUCCUUGCACACCCUCGGGGGAGUGUUCCUCCUGGCGGCAGUCGGGGUACUCUCGGGGCUCUUCUGUGCCUUCUGGAGCUGUGCUGGAAGUGGGUGGCUGACUGUCGUGCUAAGAAAGCCAGAAGCUCGCCCUCGGACAACACUCGGACAGACACAACACAGGAGCAAGAACUUGCCCAGAGUUUCGACUAUGUCGCCACCUUAUGUCGGGAGGAUAGUAAUGAAGUCAUAGUUUCUUAUUUGUGACUUUCUGUCUUUCUAAACCUUGGAUGCGUUUGCCCUGAUGGCCUCGGCCCUCACCCAAGACGUGUCUGCCAUCAAGAUUCAGCCCACGUGACCUCACGAUUACGUCCACCAAAAUCUUACCUGAUUAUCACAAAAACUCAGUAUGACUACAACAUGUUGGCAUACACUGGCACUUGACAGUGACAGUGGCAGUUGCACUCCAGAGCUGAGUUGUCGUUGCACUGAAGUCGCUGUCGCUACAAAAUAUUGUAACCUCCAUUAAACUCUAGUACAACCACACUAGCUUCUGUCAGUCCUGCCAACAUCAUUUCAUUCCUUCUGUGACUUUCAAUGAAUACGGAACAAAGCUGCCACAAGAAUCGCCAUGUUGGUGUGACAAGGAUAAAAAUUAAUCUGAUUAGGUUUGACUUUGCCGAAGUCAGCAUUUCAUCAUUACAACUUUAUUUAAUUGUUUAAUUAAGUUUUGAAUGAGAUGUCGAGGGAGAUUACGCAUUGACCUAAGUAUUGACAAAGUACAUUUCCUGUGAACCCAGUACUUGUGUAUCAGCCUGUACACAUGACAAUAGUCAGGUCCAGAAAGUCCAGCUUGGUUAGUCCAUUGUACUGUUCUCCUACUGCUUUAGGAAGAAGUCGGGAUGCUGCUUAGAAAUAAGCUUCUCGUGUUGUAGAAUUUAAAAGCAAAUGUCGAAAAUGUUUCAACAUCUCCACAAAGUUCAUAAAUGAACGUACAACCUGACGAUUAUCUAACUGUUGUCAUCCUCGUUCUCAAUGC